CUGUUGAACAGCUGUCAUUCAGACCGCCAGUUCAAAACGGAAUACCAUUGGAAAUUAGCAAACUCAAAAUUAUGUAUUUGGAACAAGAUUCAAAGAGAUGUAUAUGUCGGAAGACGCCGAUUUGCCUGCGCUUUUUAGGAUUCUAGAACCCGGAGUAACGUUAUCGGUGGGACAUCCUUCCAGCUCAUCACUAUGAGCUCUGAAUGCCGCUGUAGCGAGUGAAUGCGUGAUCAGUUUUAAACCUUAAACCAGAACAUAUCACACAGAGUGUUGAAGUAAAGAGGCUCAAAAGAAAGAGAUAACUCUUUUUAGACAUAUUCGGAAGCUUAUCUGAAAUCUCACAGGCGCCGCUCCGAUCGCGUGACUCGCGCUCCCACGCGCUCAUACACACACAGACUUUACUUUAAACUGCUGGAAUUCAGUGACAUGCAUCAGCGGGGAUCGUUCGUCUCUCCGUUGCUCAGCGGUGUUUUCUGCCAGUGCCACUCGGAAGAGUAUCAGGGCUCGGACCCCGGUGGAGGCGGGGGUUGUGGCCGGACUCUGGGCUCCGCGACAUCUCUAUCCGAGCACCGCCAUGACGAGUCUUGCGACUCCCCGCAUCACUGCCCGGUGUGCGGCGGGCCCGAGCAGGAGCAUCGGCUCAAGGUGCUCUUCCAGAUCCUGGAUGUCAACAGAGACGGAGGCAUCUGUGUCAACGACCUGACCAUCGGACUGAAAAAGCUGGGGGUCCAUCGCACAGAACAUGAACUCCAGAAAAUCGUCAAGGCUGGAGACAAAGACUUGGAUGGUCAGUUGGACUUUGAGGAGUUUGUGCACUACCUGAGGGACCAUGAGAAGAAGCUGAGGCUGGUCUUCAAGAGCCUUGACAAAAAGAACGAUGGUCGCAUAGAUUCCCAGGAGAUCAUGCAGUCACUAAGAGACCUCGGGGUUCAUAUAUCUGAAGAACAGGCUGGAAAGGUCCUCAAGAGAAUAAGGAGGGGUCAUAUAUAUGCCCCUAUAAUGUAUAUGGAUAAAAACGGUACGAUGACGAUUGAUUGGAAUGAAUGGAGAGAUUACCAUCUGCUUCAUCCUGCUGACAACAUUCCUGAAAUCAUCCUCUACUGGAAACACUCUACGAUAUUUGAUGUUGGGGAAAGUAUGAUGGUCCCGGAUGAGUUUACGGCGGAGGAAAAGAAAACGGGAAUGUUGUGGCGACACCUGGUAGCAGGAGGUGGAGCUGGUGCAGUGUCCCGUACCUGUACCGCACCCCUGGACCGCCUUAAGGUUCUCAUGCAGGUUCAUGCGUCACGCAGCAACACCAUGGGCAUUGGCGGAGGAUUCGCCCAAAUGAUCCGUGAAGGUGGACUUCGGUCGCUGUGGCGAGGGAACGGUAUCAACGUUUUGAAGAUCGCACCUGAAUCUGCUAUCAAGUUCAUGGCGUACGAGCAGAUUAAGCGGCUGAUUGGCAGCAAUCAGGAGACUUUGGGAAUCCUGGAGAGGCUGGUUGCUGGGUCUCUCGCAGGAGCUAUUGCUCAGAGCAGCAUCUACCCCAUGGAGGUUUUAAAAACUCGUCUUGCCCUGGGAAGGACGGGUCAGUACUCUGGUAUCACUGACUGUGCUAAACAUAUAUUUAAAAAGGAGGGACUGACAGCCUUCUAUAAAGGUUAUAUUCCCAAUAUGUUGGGAAUCAUCCCUUAUGCGGGAAUAGAUCUGGCUGUUUAUGAGACAUUAAAAAACUCGUGGCUGCAGAGGUAUGCUACAGACAGUGCCGAUCCGGGUGUGUUUGUGCUGCUAGCCUGUGGUACAAUGUCUAGUACUUGUGGACAGUUAGCAAGCUACCCAUUAGCCUUAGUGAGGACACGAAUGCAGGCUCAAGCUACUCAGGAAGGCAGCCCACAGAUGACCAUGACUGGUCUCUUCAGACAUAUUGUAUGGACAGAGGGCGCUAUUGGACUCUAUAGAGGCUUGGCACCCAACUUUAUGAAGGUCAUUCCUGCAGUUAGCAUCAGCUAUGUGGUGUAUGAGAACCUAAAGAUCACCCUUGGCGUCCAGUCCUGGUGAGGAGAACCCAAAGACUGUUCAAAUCCGCAAUGGCUUUUGUUUUUCCUCUCAACUUUUCUUUUGGACUACUGAAAGAGAUCGUCCAGGAUUGCCAGUUUGCACUCGAGAAGAAGUGUAGCAACAGUGGGCCAAGACAGAGCUUGCAUGAGGGG